GUUUGUAUUACAGACUUCCAGUUCUUGCCACGAUGAGCAGCCGAUACAGCGCGCUGCCACCGUCCUCCUCGUCGGGCGACAUGAGCUCGCCGUCAGCGUCGUCCGCGUACAUGUCCCGCGCCGUCGCUAACGGCUCCGUCGGCGCCGGCUACGGGCCCUACUCCUACCAUCCACCCUCCUCAGCCGGAUACCCAGCCAACCCGCGCUUCUCCUCCGCGAGUACCGGCUCGGACGCCAAUUCCACCGCGCGUCUCGCCCAGGCGUCCGAAUCCCUCCCCGCGAACGCGUAUUCGUCAGGCCCCGACGCCGACGACGCCCUCCACGACCCGCGCAAGCUCGACACCUCCUUCACGCCCUUCUCCGCGCGCGGCUGGGUCAACGCGUUCGCGCUCGCCGCCCUCGUCUCCGGCCUUCUCAUGCUCUUCCUCGGCUACCCGAUCUAUGACGCCGUUGGCCACCCCGCCGUCGCCUACUCAGGCUACAACCUCGGCGGUAUCAACGGCUCGGGCCAGAUCCCCGACCUCAACCUCCGCCAGCUCAUAGACCCGGAUACGCCAGAAGACGUGCUCACUCGCAAAGGGAACGACGGCAAGUCAUAUCAUCUCGUCUUCUCCGAUGAGUUCGAGCAGGAGGAUCGGACGUUCUACCCUGGCGACGAUCCGUAUUGGGAGGCCAUGGACUAUCAUUACUGGCCCACCGGUGAUCUCGAGUGGUACGACCCCAAGGCUGUCACAACCAAGGCGGGAAAGCUGGUCUUGACAAUGACGCAGCAGUGGACACACGAUCUCAACUUCCAGUCGGGAAUGCUGCAAUCUUGGAACAAGUUUUGCUUCACAACAGGAUACGUAGAGGUCAAGCUUUCCCUCCCGGGUACGCACGCCAGCCCAGGUUACUGGCCCGGCGUUUGGACCAUGGGCAAUUUGGGCCGCGCCGGCUACGGUGCGACUACGGACGGCAUGUGGCCAUACAGCUAUGACGCAUGUGACACUGGCGCGCUUCCCAACCAGACGAACACGGAUAAAGGCAUCGACACGAGCGAGAGCGGGCCGAAUGGGGACAAUCUCUCCUGGCUUCCCGGUCAACGUUUGAGUGCGUGCACAUGCAAGGGCGAAGACCACCCAGGUCCGUCGGGAGGAAGCAAUGGCGGGAGCUAUGUCGGUCGCGCAGCCCCAGAAAUCGAUAUGCUCGAGGCGCAGAUUGACGUCAGCAACUUCCGAGGGCAGGCGUCGCAGUCAUUCCAGGUCGCGCCGUUCGAUGAGAAAUAUAGGAUUGUCGAGGAUGUAUGCACGCUCUACGACGAGUCCAUCACGGAGUGGAACUCGUAUCGGGGCGCAAAUUUGCAGCAGGCGUGCUCUGCAUUGAGCUACUUCCCUGAUGAUGCCUACAAUGAGGGCGUCACCGUGGACCAGGACCAGUCUGGCAUGACUGUUGGCAUGGAGUACUGGAGCGACCCAGAUAACCGUGAUGAUGGGUACAUCACCUGGUUCAUCAACGACAAGGCAACCUGGACGCUUCCUGCAACGGCCAUCCCUGCGCGGUCCGAUCUCGACAUGUCGCAGCGACUGAUUGCGGAGGAGCCAAUGUACAUGGUGCUCAACUUGGGUAUCUCGCCGGGUUUCCAGCAGCAGGAUUACGAGCAUAUGGAGUUCCCUGCGUACAUGCACGUCGACUACGUGCGCGUGUAUCAGCGGGACGACGCGCCGGAUGAGUACAUUGGCUGCAGCCCGCCAAGGCAUCCGACGAAGGAUUACAUCGCUGACCACUUGAACGCGUACAUGGACAUGAACCUGACAACAUGGGACGCGGCGGGGUACUCUGUACCCAAAAACGCGAUCUUGGAUGGGUGUUAGAGGGUUCGCCCACUCUUUGUCUCUUCAGAGGAAGGGACGAGAGGAAGCCGGUCCUGCUGAGGAGGACGACACCCACCAAGCCAAGAUACACCUAUCGCAACUUCAUCCAAAUGCCGCCUCGCCUUCAUCACCGUCACAUCGCCACGCUAAUGCCAGCACUGCCGAGUUCUAUGUACCAUCAUCGUCUGUUCGCAGGGAUAUGCCUGCCUCUUCAGGUGUUCCAUUGUCGCCACGAUAUCCCACUGCACGUUACCCAUCGCACGGUCCAUCGUUACCCACUACCAGGAUCACCGUCGAGUACCCGUCCGCACGGUCGACAUCAACCACCCGCACGGUAGACUACCAUCACCCCAUUCACGAUACUCAUACAUGCACCGUACUCAUAUCCCAUCCAUUCGUCCUCGUAACCCGUCCAUUCGUCCUCGAACCCAUCCACGCUCGCUGCUCGGACAGCCCUACUAUUCUUCGUAUUUAUUUACCUACCUCGCGCGCUGCACGGCGGGUCGAUGGGGUGGUGGUCGGUCGGUUGGUGGUGCUGGAGACGGACUUUGUAUGCCGACGCCUUGCUUUGUGCCUCAGCACCUCGCUUCGUGCCCUGGCACCUUGCUUAGUACCCUGGCUCCUUGCUUGGUACACUGGCACCUUGCUUAGUACCAUGGCGUCUCGUCUGCGCCUUAUUCGCGGCACAUACCUACAUCCUUUAGAUACCGACCGCUGCCUACCUACGCAGACCCGCGGACUGCCUAAUGACGACUCGCGCUCGCGAUGCGACGCUGUUGUAUGAUGGGGGGAUGAUUGGGGCCUUCAGGCCAUUCCAUCGGCGGGCUAGGCGAGGGUAUGCAUGCUUUCGAAGUCUGAAGGUUGACGUGGACGGGC